AUGAGAGAGAAUCUUGCUUGUGUGUCAUCCCAAAGCAUGGCGUUCACUGACUGUAUGACACCCACUGACCUGUCCACAGAGAGGAAGGGGAUAAAGAGGAAAAACUGGAGGAACAGAAUAGGAUUUUUCUUGAAGACAAACACUUCCCAGUCGAUAAUGCAUCUAAUGAAAAACGGAUCUUACAGGCCGACUGCUGAUGACGUGCACCAAUGGGCGCAGUCACUUGACAAACUACUCAGUCAUAAAUACGGGAAAACUGUGUUUUGUAUCUUUCUGAAGUCUGAGUUCUGCGAAGAGAACAUUGAGUUUUGGACAGCCUGUGAGGAUUUCAGGAACACCACGUCGCACAAAGAGCUGGCGUCCAAGGCCAACAGUAUUUACGAGGAGUUCAUUAAAAGUGAAGCUCCCAAAGAGAUAAACCUGGAUUUCCACACAAAAAAUGCCAUCGUCCAGACCCUCCAUGAGCCCACUGUGACCAGCUUCCUGCCAGCUCAGGGGAAAGCCUACAGCCUGAUGGAGAACAACUCCUACCCCAGAUUUAUCUACUCCGACCUCUACAAAGAACUGUGUGCUGCUGCCAGGGGAGAGGGCAAGCACAUUAAGUCCUAGUCAAACUAGACACCCACUGCUGGAGUCAUUUGUUUACCGCUGCGACAGCAUGAAUAGGCCGCUGAUGAUGUUCAAUCCGGGCACCGCCUUGGGAUAAUACACCCAAAUGCAAAUCCUCGGCAGAAACAAUAACGUCAAGUGCGGAUAAUGCAAAAGUGAAGCCAUGUUGUAGUCCGUCGUGCUGAGAGCUGAUCAUCAGGAUGUGACAUGCUGCUCCAGGCAGCGCACUGAGCAUUUCUACCUGAUGGGAUUAUUGUUGCAUUUUCCUCACUGGGCCAUUACCUGCACUUUCUUUGUACCACGCUAUUAGCAUUUUGGGCAAUGAUGCGUACAAUAAAAUUCUGUUGAAGUGCAACUGCAUUCAAAGCUGAGAUGACUGUCAAAACACUUUACACUUCACUGUCUCACCGACGAUGCUGUUAGAAUGUAUUUCUGCGCUCAAAUCCACUUGAAGACUUUGCACAGCUGUCAUAUCCACUGAACUGCCUUUGUGAUCCUGGAUUUGCUUGGAUCUGUUUACACAAAAAGUGCAAUUCUAACUUGUAUAAUACUAUUCACAGUUUCCACCAAAGAUAGUAUUUGGCCUGAGAUUACUGUGACAAUGUUAUGUGUUGAAUGUGAAGUUGGCAGGCAGCUGGACUGCUCAAGAAA